AUGGGAGAAGCCCUGAUAGGCAGGCUGGAGGCGGCGGUAUCCCAGCUGGAGGCACUCAGCGGUGGGGCACGUGGCGGCCUGUCCGACACUGCAUCAGCACAGGACCCGCCGAUCGUGGCCUUCGACGAUCUUGUCGCCAGCGCGCUCGGCAGGGUGUCCGCGGCCGCCGGCAAGAUCGGGGCGGACGUCGCCGAGGUGACGGGAUUGGUGGAGAGGGCGUUCUUGGUUGGGAAAGACCUUCUUGUCAGGACCAACCAGACACAGAAACCAACAAUGGAGUCAGUGACGACGUUUAUGGGGCCUCUGAAUGAAACGAUCUUGGAGGCCAACGCAUUGGCGGAGGGGACGAGAUCGAUCUAUGCCAACCAUCUAAAAGCAGCUGCUGGUAGCCUGGCCGCUUUGGCAUGGAUUGGUUACACAGGCAAAGGUUGCGGUAUGCCUCUUCCGAUUGCUCAUGUAGAAGAGAGCUGGCAAAUGGCAGAGUUCUACAGCAAUAAGGUGCUUGUGGAAUACAAAAAUAAGGACCCUGAUCAUGUGGAGUGGGCUAAAGCCCUAAAAGAGCUUUACGUGCCCAAUUUGCGUGAUUAUGUGAAGAGGUACUACCCAUUGGGUCCUGCAUGGCAACCGCCAGGAAGUGCAAACAACAAGGCACCUUCAGUUCCGUCCGCUCCUACAUCUCUUUCCAUCUCUUCGGCCUCAUCAUCCCACCCAAAAUCUGGAAUGUCAGCAGUAUUUGCUGAAAUCAGCUCUGGGAAACCAGUGACACAAGGCCUCAGGAAGGUAACUGAUGACAUGAAGAGCAAAAAUAGAACAGACAAAACAGGGAAAGUGAACAACAUAACAAUUGAUAAGUGCAUCAAAGUAGGAGUCUUAUUCAAGGGGGUUGUAGCGGCUUGUGAAAUUGUGAACUGCAACAGUGCAGAGGUCCAAUGUGAGGGCUCAGUUCCGACUAUAUCAAUAGACAACACAUCUGGCUGCCAACUUUACUUAAGCAAGGAAUCUUUAGAGACAUCUAUAACAACCGCUAAAUCAAGUGAAAUCAAUGCUCUUGUUCCAGAUGCAAACACUGACGGUGAUUGGGCCGAGCAUUCCUUGCCCCAGCAGUAUAUUCACGCGUUCAAAGACGGACAAUUUACAACAUCUCCAGUGUCUCAUUCUGGCGCUUGA